UUCCCUAGACAGUCCGAGAGUGAAGGUCACGCCCGGCAUCAUGGCCUCCCAUCAACACCUUAUCUUUAACCCUGCCCAGAAAGUGGCCAAAAUCUCCCAUUGCUCCUCUAUGGAGCAAUAUAAACAAAUGCAUGAAAAAUCGCUUAAAGACCCGGAAGCUUUCUGGGGGGAGAUAGCCAAGAGUUUUCACUUUGAACACAGUGUCACGGGCAAGUUCCUGGAUUAUAAUUUUGACAUAAGUAAAGGGAAGAUAUUCGUGCGGUGGCUGGAGGGCGCCAAGACCAACAUCACCUACAACUGCCUUGAUGUGCACGUCCUGGCUGGCCACGGUGACCAGGUGGCCUUCUACUGGGAAGGCAAUGACCCAGCUGACACAGAGGUGAUCACCUAUGGGGACCUGCUGAAGGAUGUGUGUCAAGUAGCCAAUGUGCUUAAGGCUAGGGGUGUGUCCAAGGGCGACCGUGUGGCCAUCUACAUGCCUAUGAUCAAGGAAUUGGUUGUGGCCAUGUUGGCAGUUGCUAGAAUAGGAGCAGUCCACUCAAUUGUGUUUGGGGGCUACUCUGCAGAUAGUUUGGCAGAGCGAAUGUUAGAUGCACAGACGACUGUUCUCAUCACCGCUGAUGCCGUGUGGAGGGGCCCAAAGCUCAUUGCCUUGAAGGAGAUUGCUGAUGAUGCACUGAAAAUAUGCAAGUCAAAGAAGCUGAAAGUGAAGAUGAAUCUGGUAGUGCAACACAUGAAGAAUGUUACAACACCGCACACUGCCAACAAUGCUGCACCCAAUUGCAACCCAACUAAAAAGACUCAUUUUGAUGACAAGGGCAACUUCAAGGUAGUUGGAUGGAAUUCAGAUGUUGAUGUAUGGUGGCAUGAAGCAAUAAAUAAUAUGAGCAAUGAGUGUCCUCCUGUGUGGGUGGAUACAGAAGAUCCUCUCUUCAUGCUAUACACUAGUGGGAGUACGGGCAAGCCCAAAGGAGUGUUGCACACUGUUGGUGGGUACAUGUUGUAUGUUGCCACAACUUUCAAGUACACUUUUGACUACCACCCGGAAGACGUCUAUUUCUGCACAGCUGACAUUGGGUGGAUCACCGGUCACUCGUACGUUACCUAUGGACCCAUGUUGAAUAAUGCCACGUCAGUCUUGUUUGAGGGGGUGCCCACUUACCCACACACUGGCCGCUUCUGGGAAAUCAUUGAAAAGUACAAGGUAACCAAGUUCUACACUGCUCCCACUGCUAUUCGAACACUUAUGAAGUUUGGUGAUGAGCCUUUGAAAAAGUAUGACAUCUCAAGUCUGUCAGUGCUGGGAAGUGUUGGGGAGCCUAUUAAUCCAGAGGCUUGGCUGUGGUACUACAGAGUGGUUGGUGACAGUAAUGUUUCUGUUGUUGACACAUUCUGGCAGACGGAGACAGGGGGCCAUGUGCUCACUCCUCUACCAGGUGCUACACCCACCAAACCAGGAUCAGCUACUUUUCCAUUCUUUGGAGUUGAUGUGGCCUUGUUAGAUGAAGAGGGUAGAGAAAUAAAGGGGGUUGGAGAAGGCUACUUGGUGUUCAGCCGACCCUGGCCUGGUAUCAUGCGCACUGUCUAUGGUAACCAUGAACGUUUUGAGACUACCUAUUUCAAGAAAUUCCCCGGCUUCUACUGCACUGGGGAUGGUGCCAAGCGUGAUGAAGAUGGUUACAUAUGGGUCACUGGACGCAUAGAUGACAUGUUAAAUGUCUCGGGGCAUCUCCUCUCCACAGCUCAGGUUGAAAGUUCACUUGUUGAGCACCCAGCAGUAGCAGAAUCUGCAGUAGUUGCAAGACCACACAGUGUGAAAGGAGAAUGCCUCUACUGUUAUGUCACACUAACUGAGGGCAAUGAGUACACUGACAAGCUAGUAGCAGAACUUAAAAAUAAAGUGCGAUCUAAGAUUGGUACCUUUGCUACACCUGAUUUUAUGCAGCUUGCUCCUAGCCUGCCAAAAACUCGUUCAGGAAAGAUAAUGAGGCGUGUUUUGCGAAAAAUUGCUGUUGGAGAUCAUGACUUUGGUGACAUCUCUACUCUGGCAGAUCCCAAUAUUGUUGAAGAAUUGUUCCAGCACAGAUCAAAGGAAGGGAGAGUAUAAAAUGUUGAGUCGUUGGUUUUGAUUAGUACUGGUACAUGAUAUUCUCAAUUUAGAUGUAUAAUUGUCAGAUUUAAGCCUUAGUGUUAACUGGUUAUAUGUGCAUUAAUUGGUGCAUUUUCAAGACAAUAAGUGUGUCAUAUAUACUGUGGAAGGUACUUUAAGUUACUACUGCUACCUUUGUACUUAAAAGCUGCCAAAUAAUAUUAAUAUUUAAUAACUGUGUGGAUAUAUUAUUGUUUGGUGCUUCAAUUGUAAACGUCCAGUGGUGACAUAGGUUUUAUGGUGUAUAUCUUGUUAGUUACUCAGAUAUAUAAUUUGGGGAAUAUAUAACUACUGCCCUGGGACGCUACGUCUAAUGCACAUGUAUAAAAUUAAUAGAAACAAUGGCACAAAAGGUUUUACAUCACCAUUGGUACAUCACUUGUGGUUGUGGGAUGAGUGAAAUUUAUUUUUAUUGAAUGUCUUUUCUUUCUAUAAUAAAUAUACAUUUUUAUUUUUUAAAUAAUUUGUUGAAGCUGCUUUUCUGUUAAUGGCAGUGGAUGAUCAUUCCUUUCCUUUUCACAGUGACAUCAGUUAGUUAUUCUUUAAAAAAAAAUUGUCCUUUCUAUUUAGUAAUGAAAGUACUACAUGCUACUAGUACACGAGUGCUAAUUUAGUAUUUUUCCUGGUGUAGCCCCUUGGUGGCUCCCUGGAGCCAGCCACCUGGAUAGCUUUCAUACCUAUCAUGCCUCUGCCGACCUUUGUGAGUAAUAAGUCUACUGGGGACCAGGAGCAAAACCUGCUUCCAACUCAAUAGCGGCACAGGGGGUUGAGGUGCAAACAUCAAUCCAAGCCAAGGAGAAAUACCAUAAGAAAGGAAGAGCACUGUAAAACAAACAACUGCAAGGAAGAAUAUACAAAAUUAUAAAUAAAAUAAACAUAAGAAAUAUAAGAAAAUUGGAAAAGAAAACCUGUCACAACAACUAAGCUGCUAGUUACUGCCUGAUGGCAUCCCAGUAAUCCUGGCCUGUCUGUCAACAAGCCAUAGUCAUUCACCUCUGACCCUAGUCAUUGUCCUCUUUGGUGACUGACUUGCAUCCCAGCUCUUCCUUGAGGUCUUUGGUUCCUAGGAUUGGGGCCUCAAGGUUGGUGGGGGGAAGGGAAAAAGGUCCAAAGAGGGUCCAUGGGUGCCCUUUAAUUCUUUAUGGUCCUUGUUGCCCUUGUCUGAGGUGUUUUCUCUCCACACACAAGAUUUUUGGGGGGGAGGCCCCAAUGCCUCCCUGGAGCCAUCUUGCUAAUAUUGAUCCAUAGUAAAAAGUCAUAUCAGUCACAGAAGUUCUUUUUGACUUACCAGGGACCUGAACCAGAAUUUUGCACCCCUCACAGGUGCAGAGAGAAGGUGACACUACCAUCUCACCGGGAAAGGUACCCAGAAAGUCCGUGAACCAAUACAGACCACUGCUGGGUUCAAAUAGACUAAAGCCUCACAACCUGCUGAAUGAACUCUCCCAACAAUCUAAACAGACAAUCUAAAAUCCCUCGAAACAAGCAUGCGCUCAUUUGCUCCACCCCCGCCCACUCAUUUGGGGGAGGGAGGGGGGCUAGGGCUCACACUGUCCACAGGCUGGAGCCAUCAGCUCCUCUGCUGAUGUGACACAUUCCAGAUAUCUGCAAUAGGGCCUCAAAGUUGACAGUAAGCUGUGGCUGACCCCAGUGCUAUUCAGCUAAGUCCUUCUCUGGACUUUGUUCUAUGUGGUGUAGCAUGGGCCUGCACAUUAGAGUGCUAAGAGCUACAUGUGCUCAGCAUUACCUUCUCAAGGUACUCUCUAGCUCUGCCCCUGCACUGACAGAGUUCUCUUCUGUGGUGUGUUUAGGAUUUCACUCACAUAGAUGUCCUUCCUGCUUGGGCUGGCCCUCACCUUGGGUGAGUCAAGGGUCUUGUUACCAUGUUGUCUUAGACCAGGUCUGGAGUGAUUGGUGGCUGGUGGAGCACACUGGUGGCUCAAGAGCUUGUAUUUAUGGCAUGCCCGAGGUGGGCUUUCACAGCCGUGAAGCCCAGGCUUUGUUGGCUUACUUUUAGGUCUGGUGUAGCAUACUCAAUGCCUGAGUGUCCUGCUUGGUUUAUCCUUCAGGCCCUGGAAAUCCUCUAUAGGUUUAGUGUUGUCAAUGGGUAUCCCAUCUGAAUCGGUUUUUGCCUUGUGCGAAUUUCAGGAUUGUUUGUUGUCCAUGCCAGAGGGCAACAAUCAUUCGCUCUGCAUAUGCUAUGCUGCCUGUUGGGUUGGUGACACGUACAACACUGAAUCCCGUGGAGUUUUACACUCCCCAUGUGGCACUCUUAUCUGACCCUCCAAAUAAAGUUAGUGCAUAUUAAAUGACUACCACUUUGUGGGUUUGUUUUGCCCACCUGCAGUAGUUUGGGAUGUGUGCUUGGUUGGAUGCCCACAGCUGGCACACCUUGUGUUUUGGGACCAGGAAUUGGAGGUGUUGGUGAACUCCACCUUGGCUCCAUCUACACCUCUUCCUUCCCUGCUGGGCAUAAUUUGCCCCCCCCCCCCCCCUCCCUCUUGUUCCCUCUGGUCCAUGCUGCUGGCCCCAAAAUAUCUAAGGGUUUCUGGGUUGGAGUAGAAUUUAGCUCGGGAAGUGUUUUGGCCAUCUCCAGGGGUGGCUCCUUUUGAUCCAGGUACUCACCUAAUUGUGCUUGUGGGGGUUGAGCUUUGUCUCUUUGGUCCCGCCUCUCAACUGUCAAUCAACUGAUGUACAGAUUCCUGAGCCUACUGGGCUCUAUCAUAUCUACAUUUGAAACU